UGUACAUCGAGUUAGCGCUCCAGUAAUUUAAUAUAGCUCUAUGGUUUGAACAUUUCAACUCCUCUGGAGCCGAACUGAAUCCGAAACCGGGCUCAUACCGAGGUUUGGAAAAAUUCGCUGGAAUGUCGGCCAAGUACGUCAAUUGGUGGGUGGGAUGACGUUCGGAAGUGGCAUGCAGUGUCAUGGUCAUUUAAGUCACGUAAAGACAUAAAUUGACACAACAGAACCGACUGACCCCCAAACGUGUUGACGUUGUAGGCCUAUGGGAAGCUCUUUCGUAUAGGUACAACCGUCUUUCUUCAGUUUUGAAACUUGGACAGUGAAUGCACCUGUUCUCAGUUUUCUGCCUGUGUUUUGAACCGCAACGGAACUUCCCUUUAGUGUACAAGCUGUGUCACUUUCUACCAAUACUCAGAACCGACAGUGAGAGAUAUCGCCAGAUUUACUCCAUUCAUGGUUCGAGCCUCCCUUUAUACAAGCUUUCAACUAGUACCAAAAACCACGUCCCGUUCCUAGUUGUACCGCAAACUGGCAAACUGCCCAGGCCUAAGCGCACGGCCAACAAACGUGACGAUCUAUCAAGCAGGGCAACACUUCAAGCAGGACGCGCGCUAACACACCAUGGACUUCUUACGAGGAGCAUUCUUGAGAAUGCUGCCAUCUGUCUUCGUGUUCCUUGUUAUUUUCAGCACCUCAGGACGCUUGGUAACAGCAGAUACUUGGAGUGCAUGGAGUGAAUGGAGCGACUGCGCAGUCUCGGGUGUUCAAAACAGGGAUCGGACGUGCCUCGUGGAUUCAGCAGCUAACCCGGGCUGUCCUGGUGAGAGCUCGAUGACACGAGAUUGCGGUCCAGUAUUGGACGGAAGCUGGAGUGAGUGGGGCGAAUGGCAGAAUUGCUCUGUAUUAUGUGGUGUCGGAAACAGGGCGCGAUAUCGGACGUGUACCAGCCCUGCACCGCAGUUUGGAGGGGCUCCGUGUGACGGGACCAGCGAAGAUUGGGAAUCGUGCGAUACCAAUAUUACUUGCGAAGCUGUGAAUGGGCGUUGGAGUGAGUGGGGCGAAUGGCAGAAUUGCUCUAUUUUCUGUAGCGUCGGUUACGUCACGCGACAUCGAACCUGUACCAACCCUGCACCGCAGUAUGGUGGGGCUCCGUGUAACGGAACCAGCGAAGACUGGCACCCAUGCGAUACUAACGUCACGUGCCUAGCAGUUAAUGGAGGAUGGUCCGACUGGAGCGAGUGGUCCGCAUGCUCGGUGACCUGCGGCGGUGGGGGUCAAACCGUACGCACGCGCAGUUGCAUCAAUCCCGCACCGGAGCAUGGCGGACUGGACUGCGUUGGGGACGAGGUUGAAACGAAUUCAUGCAGCUCAUCUGCUUGCCCACCUAUGUGGUCGGAAUGGAGCUCAUGGACCACGUGUUGGGCUGCGGAGUGCACGGCCGAGAUGAACGCCGGUCUCAAGUUUCGAUCGAGGGUAUGCCAAGGAGGUACCAAUGAACAAUGUCCCGGACAAUUCAUGGAUAGGACAGAGUGUACACAAGAGUGCUAAUGAAGUUCGGUCAACUGAGUGGAUAGGGAUUGCAGGCGAUUCCAAAUACAGUGCGCCACCAAGAGGUCCACGGAAAGCAGUGCAUUGUGGGAGACGGUCGACAGUAGUCAAUAUUCACAAUGCAGUGCGCCACACUGGGUUUUGAUACGGAGAGUCUAUUUUUUUUUUUAAGUUUACGGUCGACACAACAUGGCAUGGCCCAUUUAAAUGAGUGUCUGUAAGACUGUAGGCAACUUGAGCUAAUCAUUGUCAAAGAUUGGGGCAUAGCGUUCUGCCGCCUUACAAAAAAAGCACAAUAUUGAUAAAAAGAAAAGAUAGGGGUAACCACUUACCAGAUACUCGAUUCAUACGCUUACGAAACUACUCACUACAGGAUAAAAACGAACAAUUUGAAAUGUCCCGCGCUGCGAAUUUGUCGACCAUCUCCCACAAUGCACUGGGCAAUAUGAACUCUCCGUGGCAAACUCUUGGUGGCGCACUGCGCAGUGAAUUUCGAAUUGCCCGAAUUUCGAUGGCGCUGGAAAUUAGAAAUUGUUAGAUUUUCCAGUCAGUAGUUUAAAUUUCGUAACCGUAUGAUUGGAGCAUCUUUUUUUUUUGCCACUUUCAUGUGAUUGUAUUUGUGAGCACAGCCCUGUGCCCCCAUCUUCAAUUGAUUUUCUAAAGUUGUCUACUGCAAUUCGUAGAAUCCGCAGCAAAUGGACCGUAUUUUUGUCGAUAAUGGGUGCGUUCGAGUAGCUCACCCGGAUCGACUCGGGUAAAGACAGAUAUAUAUUAGCCACCACGGCCGGGCUAAUGGAACGCUCAACUGCGGGACAUCACGAUCCUCACGUGACGCCCGUAGCCGUGGCCGUAGCCACUGACAAAACGCCCGUUUCGUGCUGGCUCUUCGUUUGGGAUUUACUGUUUUUACUCGAUAAAGUUGGGCUGGAAUAUUAUACCCUCUAAAAUCGCAAUGAACAAUUAAAUUUACUGGGCUUCAGACUCAAGUUCAAGUUGUCCGGCCGCCAUGUUUGACCGUUUCUAGGGAUGACCAACGCAUGCGUGUGGCGUGUAUCCACCAGUGACUCUGCUCACGAGCAGGGUCUGUGGUGGCUGGCCCGGGUGAGCCCUAAGAAUGACGUCAGAGCUAAUCGAACGGCACGGGGCUGACCCGUGUCGACCCGGGAGAGCUAAACGAACGCACCGGUGUAAACUUGAAAAAUGGACUCUCCAUGGCAACCUCAUGGUGGCGUGCUGUAUUGGGAAUUGCCCGUAUUUGAUGGCGCUGCUGAUCUUAGAAAUUGUCUAAGCACAUUUACUAACAUAUGUUAGUGUUUUGUACAUAAUGUAAUACGACUGUCCAUUAUAUUGUUUAUACGUAACUGCUAUAUUUUUGUUAAAUUAAGUUUUUAAGUAACACUUGUAUUUUCUUUUAUCCAACAUAUGCGUAUUAAAAGUACAUGUAUUGUUAUCCAACAUUAUGAUUUGAUGAAUAUGAAUGCAGCUGUCUUUUCUUGGAAUGGCUUUAGUCCAACCUCGAAACUUUUCUUUAUCAAUCCCUUCUCUGCUGUUCAGGUGAUUAAUAUUCAGAAAAAAAACCACUUUAUUUACAAGAAAUUUAGAAAUGUACGAGAUUGACAAACAAUCAUAAAAUAAAUAUGUUACGGACUCACAUAAUUUAUUUGUAUUUAAUCAAUGUGACCUCCUGUCACAAAAACAGUAAGUUGUAAUUUGUUACUGAAGAGAUAAACAAACAAUCUCAAAUUUGAAACACGUUCGUAAUUUUGCGAUCUUUGGUACAAAACGAAAAUGCGGAAAUAUAAAGUUAAAAGGCCCAUGUAAUGACAUGUUUUAAAUGCGGUUUAAAUGUGUCCCAUUUAACCUUAUUUUUUUGAUUUUCAUUUUGCCUUCUUUUUAAGGGCAUUUUGGUAACCUUUUGGUUUUUAUGCUAAUGCAAAGUUGCAUAUUCAUGAGCAAAACUGUGAUGUCAUUUCAGGCGGAAAACUCAAUGUUUUGGCUAUUUCAGAACAAAAAUUUGCCAGAACUUUGAUAUUUUGCUGACGCAGAUUUUCUUUUCUUUAUUGAUUUGUUAUUUCAGUACAUGACAGUAAGCCAAUGAGCAAAGUUUUCUCACGAAGUGACGCCGUUUUCAAUGAACAAAUAUUGGGUUCGCGCGCAAUUGGAACAGAAUACCCCUAAACUGAAGAGUGUCUUCCUGAAGUGAUAUCACAGCAGCAACAACACCCUCAUUAACCGAAGAAGCAUAGAAUUUUAUUUUAUUAUUAUUAUUUUUUUUUUAAAAGAAGUGCACUUUUCAAUAAGAUUACCCAAAAAGGGAUGUCAAGUUGUUUUCAUACAUUUUAAAUGAGUAGAAACUUUAUUUAAAUUCAAAUUUAUGUCAUGGGCCCUUGGAAAUCAUUCGUUUAUUAGAUUAAAAAUGAACAUAGUUUUGACAAA